AUGGAGAUCACUCAUGGAGAUGGAGGGGCUGGCAGCAUCAAACAGAUCAACUUUGCUGAAGGUAGCACUUUGAAUUGUUUGAAGUACCGAAUCGAUGAGCUCAAUGAAGAGACGUUCACUUGCAACUAUACUCUGAUUGAAGGUGAUGCGUCGACGGACAAGCAGAUUGAAUCAAUUUCUUAUGAGGUUAAGCUUGAGCCAUGUCUUAACGGUGGAACUAUCUCUAGGAUGACGAGCAAAUAUUACACCGAGGGUGACGUUGAGCUCUCAGAAGCAUCAAAGAUCACAAAAAACAGUAAAAAUAAAUUAAGAAAGAAAGAAUUAACCUGA